CUAAACCAAAGCCGAUCUUACCAGCAACCGGCGUGUCUGUGUCUCUCGUCGUAGUGCGAUCGUGUCCUGUGUCCCUGUGUCGCAAUAAUUAUUCCGCGUGAACACGAUAACCCGUAUGGAUUCGGUGACUGGCGAUGUUCCCACUAAACAGGAGAAAAAGGUGCAGCUUGACGACUUGAUUGAAAGGAAAAAGAUCGAGUACUUGCGCCUCCUUCAAGAUGCGAAGGAAAGCCAGGAGCCCGAGCCAGGAAGCGCUGAAAACCUAAACCGCAGGAAGUACGAACUUGCGCUGGCAUACAACGAGCGCGGCCAGAUGCUCUACAGGAUGAUAGAAUUCGACAAAGCCGUGGAGGAUUACACUGAAGCCAUAUGUUACUGUGAUUCUCUGGCGGCGGCAUACUUCAAUCGUGGAACCGUUAGGUACAGAAUGGGUUAUUUCGAUGUAGCUUUGCCCGACAUGGAAAAGGCUGUUUCACUGGAUCCGACCAACAAGGAGUUCCAACUCGGGCUAAAAGAGACCAAAGAGCAGCUUUGAAACUUUAUUGUAGCAAGAACACGAGUACCCACCGAAUGACGUGCACCACAAUGUAUAUGUGACAGCUGAAGACUAGUCAUGAAUGCCCAGGGCAACAAAACAAGCAGAGGGACCAACCAACAUUGGAACAGUUGGACUUGAGAGUGACGUAUCUUUAUUUAUUUUCCUCAGAGGUAAAAUUUAUAACAUGUAA